UGUUUACGUAGCAUCUUUUUGUAUGGUGCAGCUAAUUCUAGCUCUCACUCAAGGAAAAUAAUGAUAAAAUAUUAACAAGGAAGUGCUGAAUUUUAAAUUAUUUUUGCUCGCGAACGCGAACAAAAGAAGGGACCAUUGGCCAUGCUGAACAGGAUUUGUUUGCUUUCCAUCUCUGCGACAACAACCAACAGUAGACAAUGUUGUUUCAUGGUUCAGCGAAUUGGUCAUGUUUAUGGUGUAACAAGAAUGAGUGAUACUACUAGCGACAUCUGUUGGGAACCGCGCCAGCGACUUUCUUUCGAUGCGAGACUACUAGCGACAUCUGUUGGGAACCGCGCCAGGGACUCUCCUUCGGUGCGAGACUACUAGCGACAUCUGUUGGGGACCACGCCAGGCACUCUCCUUCGAGAUCGCAGACUGGCCCCGAAGGUUCUGGACUGCCGAUAUGUGGCGUACCGGAACCUUGUCGAACUUACGAGUACCUGCGAUGCGGAAUAUAUAAGCCGACGACCGGGAGAGGGAAGCAGAGUUGAGU